UUUAUCGUGUGUGGCCAAAUCCAAAGAUGGCGAGCGCAGUUGAGAAUUGGUCAUUGUGUGAAUUAUUUAUUCGAUAUAUUUAUUUGUGAAUGGCGCAUAGAAUUUUUUCGCUCGCGACAUUGGACACUCAAGUAUCGGCGCGAGCGAGUUGUGCGAUCGUCACAGCCGCGGCCUCGAACUCAAGUGCUUAAUUAGCUUUACGAAUUUUCCGAGUCACAUCAAAAUUUCGACGUCGCCUGCUGAUCAUACAUACAUAUGUGACAUACAUUCGGGCGAGUGCUUGGAGGUGCAUAAAAUGUUAAUUAAUCGCGUGUAGCGGAGGAGCAUGGACUCGUCGCCACCCUCCAAGUCGCAGGACAGUCGUCGAAAGAUGCGAUCGAGAGGGGCUCGGCCAGUGUCCGCGGGUUCGACCAGCUCGACGGGCUCUGGCGAUUUGCCGCCGUCGCCUUUGGGAGGCACCGUCGUUGUCAUCACGGUGGUCAUGGACCAAAGCACUGGUUACGGCAUGAAAGUGUCCGGCGACAAGCCCGUCUACGUGCAGAGCGUGCGACCUUGCGGCUCUGCCGAGAAGGCUGGCUUGAAACCGGGAGACAAAAUACUUAAGGUGAAUGGCGUCAACGUGACCCAGUCGACGCACCUCGAAGUGGUGGAACUGAUCAAGGCGGACGCCCAGGUCAUCCUCACCGUGCAGCAGUAUCCGCAUCCACGCCCACCGAUUCUUCCGUCCUCGCCACCUGGCAUGGGCGCAGUCACAAAAAGAAAGGGCACCAGCAGCCGAGAGAACAUUACGGGGCCGCAACCAGUUGAUCUGGAGGAGAGGAGGAAGUACGAGUCAUCUCGGAGAAAAACCUUCCAACUCAUGCUGGAGAACGAGCAGCGCAACAUCGAGGCUCUGAGGUCAAAGCUGGCUGUGGCCAACGAGCCCAAGACCAUGGAGGAACUGACCAAGGCUGAGAACCGGCUGCGGACCAUCCAGAACCAGUUAUUCGCCCUGAUCGGACCUGUCGAUCUGUACCAUAACAACUCUGCCACUGGUCUGUCGCCGCCCCCCCUUCCUCCCGCGCGUCCGCGCCCUUCAUUUCCUUCUAGUCCCUGCUCCACUCCUCCUGCGUUGCCUCCGCGAAAUCCUCCAGUCCAACAGGCAGCGUCGUGCGAAAGCAAUGGAGUUUUGACUAAUAACCACUCAAGUACACCAACCCACCAGCGCACAAAAUCCAGCCCUGACCCCUUAGGUCAUUCCUCUCUGGAUGGAGCAAGUCGGUUGAGCACAUUGACGUCGUCGGAGUCGGUGCAGGAUUUGAGCAGGAGAGAGAAGGCUUUGUCCGGAGGCUGGGAAAUGGACAGCCCAAGAAUAACCCCACCAGGUACUCCACCACCCCCUUACGGGGGUGCAGGUGGCGAAAUGUCCCCGCAAGUCACUGACCUGAACGGCCCUGGUGACGUGUCAAUGAUGGACGCUUCUUUCACUGGGCCAAUCAUAAGUAUGGAGGAUGAUGAUAUGUCGGAUCAAGAGAUGCACUUUCAGGGCCAUCUCGAAGACCAUGGCCCGUUCAAAAGUGCAAAUAAAUUGCUCCAACACCCAGCACACCUGUCUGUGUUCAUGAACUAUGUUUUAUCCAACAGCGACCCUUCCAGUCUUUUAUUUUACUUAAUUACUGAUUUGUAUAAGGAAGGCAACGCAAAAGAAAUGAAAAAAUGGGCUUACGAAAUACACUCCACCUUCCUAGUGCCUGAUGCGCCUUUGAGAUUGGCACACGUUGAUGAAAACAACGCAAGGGAAGUGGAUGAAGUGUUAUUGAUUGACAGCGACAAGGAAGAAAUUUUAAGAAAGGUAUUUUGGAAACCGAGGUCAAAAUCAAAGGAAACCUUAUCUGAACAGCUGAGCGACUUUCGUCAAAAGAGAAUUGCUGGUUUGGGCGCCUUUUUCGGAGCUACAGAUGUAGAACUGGAAGAGAGCGAGCACGACAAAUCAAAGGAAUUGGCAAUAAUCGAAAAAGGGCUGUUACCGCACAUCGAGAUUCUGUUACCUAAAUUGGAAAAUGAGGUGGACGGUAGAUGUGAAGAGGAUGUGAGGGCUUUCCAGAGAGCGUCCUCAAUUUGUUCUUCCCUUUGUACAUUGGCGUCAAAGUUAUUUGGUCUUCGGGGCUCGAAUCCUUUGUUAGAAAGAGUGCCAAGUUUUGUUUGCAAAGACAAAACUAGUAAACUCAAACUUCUGGCAAGAAACCACCGAAAAGUCAACCAAUUGGGCCACACUUUACACGCACACCAUUAUUUCAUAGUUACUCAUUGCAACCAUUGCGGACGCAUCAUUGGUGGUGUUGGGCCUCAAGGCUACCAGUGCUCAUCGUGUCUUUUAAAUAUUCACCGAUGGUGUGUACGCCCGCUGGAAGAGGAGUGUCCAGGGCCAUUGAAAAAGGAUAAGCAUAACGAUAAUAGAAUUAGCAAAUUAAUGGAACGAAUCCGUCCUGAACGCGAAGCAAGACGAAAACCAAGUAGCCUUAAUUUGGAAAAAAUAAAAAAGUCUUCUGAAGAACGGGAUGAGCUGGGCAACCUCCUGAGUGACGCUGACUUUGCCGGAGGGGCGAGGCGCGCAGACCUCAGUGGCUCCUCGGAUAUGGCCGAGCACAGCGCAGCAGCCACGGACACCGCCAGCGGAGGCGGCAGCACUCCGCAGUCGAGCGGUGGCCCUCUGGGGGCUCGGAAGCCGUCAGCCACCUCCAUCAACCGCUCCGAGAGUUACAAGGAACGAGUUCAGAAGCGGCAGUUGCGGGAGCGGCGCAAAACCAGUGAUCCCAACCUUGGUUCGAAGAGCGCGAAUAAUGACACUGCGGACGUGGAUGCCUUACAGUUCAAUAAUAAUUCUGGCAGUUCUUCCAAUUCAACACACUCUCUCAGGAGCCUGGACAGUCCGUCCACCUCGAUGGAGAUGGUGACAGGGUCCUGUGCACCUGGUAAUGACACACUAGAGGGCUGGGAUAGUGAUAUAGAAGUAGAGGCUGAUCCGCCUGACUGGACGCGUAGCGUUGAAGAGGAGGAAUUGCGGAAACUGACCUCCAGAGAGAAAAAGAGACAAGAAGUCAUCAAUGAGCUAUUCUACACCGAGAGAUCCCAUGUAAGAGCUCUGAAAGUGCUUGAUCGGAUAUUCUACCGACCUUUGCUUGACAAUCCCGUUUUACCUCAUGAGUGUUUGGUGCUUUUAUUUCCCAAUUUGGGGGAAAUGCUUGACAUCCACGGCUCUCUCAACACAGCAAUGAAGUUGAAAAGGAAAGAAUCUCCCAUUGUGGGUGACAUAUCAGAGCUCCUGCUCAACAUUUUUGACGGUCCUGCAGGAGAGCGAUUCCAAAGAGAAGCAGCAACUUUUUGUGCUAACCACCAACUUGCGCUAGAGAUGCUCAAGGAGAGGAGACGGAAGGACCAGAAACUGAACAAUUUUCUUACCGAUGCAGAGGGAAAAUCUGUCUGCAGGCGGCUGCAACUUAAAGAUAUAAUACCUUUUGGAUUUCAAAGGCUGACAAAGUAUCCUUUAUUGUUUGAAAAUCUUAUGAAGCUGUGUGAGGGCUCGGAGCGUGCUGGCGUGCAACGGGCUCUGGAACGCAGCAAAGAGAUUGUCAAUCAUGUAAAUGCGUCUGUGAAAGAUGCUGCUGACCAACAUAGACUUCACGAAAUUCAGCGCCGACUGGACAAAGGGUCUUUUGAGAAAGCAGACCAUUCCUUAGCUGCCGAGUUCAAGAAUCUUGACCUCACAAGACAUCGACUGGUUCACGAAGGCUUGCUGAGUUGGCGCCAAAGCAAGACUCAGAAGCCAGUAGACCUGCAUGUUGUGCUCCUCGAGGAGAUCAUUGUGCUGCUCAUUCGGCAGGACGACAAGUUUGUGCUCAAGUUUUUUUCGGUAAGCACACCAGCCAGUGCGGACAAGUCGCUGCCUUACAGCCCCAUAAUCAAGACUUCAACGGUUCUCACGCGGCCCGUGGCCACAGACAAACGUGCCUUCUUUCUGGUCAAUAUGUCACAAGCCUGCGCGCAGAUUUUUGAGCUGGUCGCCUUGUCAAACGCCGAGCGCAAAACGUGGUCCAAACAUAUCACAGACACUGCUGAUGCGGCGCGCAUGAAGCGCGAGAACCAGAGACCUCGGCCAGAUGCUCCACCUGCGGUCUUCCCACAUGACAAUCCGAUUCCAGAGGACAGCAACAAGGAUGCCGAAGAAGCUGCAGAUGCAAACAACACCGAAAACAUUUCUUCCGAAGGAGCCUCUUCGGCUCCUCAAGAGCCUGAAAGUUUUUUGACAAACUCGUUGCCAGAAGAGAAGGAACAGUCGGGGGUGGUGCGAAGGAGCAGCAGCGCCGCCAGCAGUGCCACAAACCGCGACAGCGUGCCUCGGAUGGUGCAGGAAUGUUCCCUGAUCCAGCCUAGCGAGGUUCGCGUGUGCCAGAGCGAAGUGCACGUCGCCGAGCCCGUUUACACCCCGAUAGAGCUUCUGAGGCGAGAGGACGAAGCGAUCCGGGCGGCCAUCAGGAGGAAGCAAAAAAUUGUUGCCGAUCUGCUGCACAUUCCUCAGGAUCAGUACGAGACCAUUGCCGAGUUGGCCUCGGAGGCGGGAAGCAGUGACAAAGAGCAAGUCGAGCUGGCCUUGGCGUGCUUUCAUCAAGUCACCCGCCUGACGACAAUCCUGAACGAGAACUUGAGGGUGACUGAAGAGGACUCUGUUGCCGCAACGUCAAGUACCCUGAAUCGCAAUCCGCCAUCAAUUAGUGUGAACCUAGUUCAGGAAAUCACCACCGCCCUCACAACACACGUCACGCAACUCAUGGUAAAAACUAAAAUGACAAAGGAGCGCGAGGAGGAACGGGAAAUGAUCCGCAAGGAAAACAUGAGGCUGAGGGAGCAGGUCCACGCCAUGCUGGAGCAGCGGAGAAGUGGAACUGCCAGGCCCAAGAGACGUGCUACCUCCACUGGUUUUUCACGGGAAACAGAUUUGAAUUUGGAAGAGACCGGUGACCAAUCAGACAAAGAGGAAGACAUUAAUGAAUUGGCAGAAGCAGGCGCUGAGCAGGAUUGUGAGAGCACCAACCAAAAUGGCGGUGACAAGGAAGAUCUAGUCCAAGCAGAGGGUCCAGCCAACAUCUAGUUCAGGCGGUCAGACAAACAAGUUCUCAUUCCAGUGUCCUGAACUUAGCUUGCUCUCCCCCAGUUCGCAAAAGAGGUGGAAUGUCGUGAUGCAUUUAUUUACUGUGCUUUUAUUGAUGCCUUAUGGAUAUAAAAAAGAAAUAAUCAAAUGAUAGUGACUAGUGACACAAGACUGGUUCGUAGUGCUACUGCUGCUGCUUUCUGUUUCUCUCCUUAUCCAUGGCCUAAUGAGAAGGUGUUUGGACAACCCACGUAGGCCACUGAUGAAUUAUAAUGUUGAGAACCUCUAUGAUGGAUUUUGUCUGUCGUACGUAAACAAACUUUGUUGGUUUCGAUGUGUUGUCGUCCCACACACUGAAUGACGGUGCUUUGGUUGAAUCGAGCUAGGGGAGCUGUUCCUAAUUGGUGAUGUUGUUUUCUCCACUAUUUCCUAUUCUAUUGACACAAAGUCGAGUGUGAAAGGGUUUAAAAGCAGUUUUGGAAAACGCAAGAUGUGAAUAAGCCAAAAAUGUUACUGAAAAGUUGUUUCUAUUGGAGAUGUGGCGUCAGGUGGCGUCAAAUUGUAUAAAAAAAGAAGGAAACUCAAGAGGGUGGACGUGCCUUACCUUCUUGAGAUACAAAGUGUCUUUUGAAUUAGAUAUUAAACUGCAAACUAGGCGAAUUGCAUGAUAAAAAAUUUUUAGACAAAGUGCCCAUAAUGUUAUGAAGAAGAACUUAUUUUGGCUGGAAAGAAAUAAAAUUUGUCUUUGCUAGGAAAUCUUCAUACUUUUUACAAGGAAAAAAUGUAGGAAAUGAAAUAUAUGAGGAAUCAUAUUUAUCAUGUAUCUUCCAAUCAAGCAACCUUUUGUGCUUGGCCCGAGCUGUUUGCUCUGUACGUUACAAACAGACAUUCUCAAACAUUUCUGAUUGUAUGUAAAUAAAUAUUGGAUAAUAUAUAUGUAAGUGUGUAAAUUUGUGUGCAUGCACAGUUACACACGUACAUGUGUAUAUAUUGAUAUAUCGAAAAAAAAAACAGA